AUGAGGAUCGGAGCUAAUGACAACGAGGCCUCGAAGGAAGCGCAGGACCUGCAGACGGAGCUAAGGUUGUUGGAGGUAGAAGAUCAGUUGCUGCAGUUGCGACAACAACUUCUACAUAGGCGAAAGGCGCUUAUGGGCAAGCUCCCAAGGGAGAGGCUAUCGGAGACUGGCCACGCAGAAAAGAUGCCUGGAGCAUCUAGUACACGGUACCAGAAUGCUGGUACGGAUACAAUUGGUGAAGUUGCCGUUGUGGAAGGAAACGGCAGUACGCAGAGAGCCCACGCUGGGCCCCCAUGGCUCUCUUCUACCAGUGGUGAGGACAACUCAGCUGCUAGGGUCACUAAACCUGUGGGCAGACCAUCUUACGAACAAUUGACAGCGAGGAAGACUAGCGUGGCUGAAUUGGUGAAGUUUUCCGGAAGGCCGGAGGACUGGCCCUUAUUCAUCGCAACGUAUGAACAAACGACGGAGCUAUGCGGAUUCACGGAUGCCGAGAACCUCAUGCGGCUUCGGCAUGCGUUGGAAGGACCAGCCAAGAACGCAGUACAAAGUCUAAUGCUGCAUGCGGACUGUGUUUCGCAGAUAAUCUCCACGCUAAGAAUGCGAUUUGGGCGACGCGAAAUUGUCAUUUACUUGUUAGUGACAAGGAUUAAACAAUUUCCUCAAGUGAGGGAGAAUAAGCUUGAAAUGCUGGUUGACUUCUCGGUGGAGGUGAAAAAUGUUUGCGCUACGAUGAAAGCCUCCAAGUUGGACCAGUACUUAAACAACCCAGCGCUCACGCAGGAGCUAGUGAGCAAGUUGCCAUCGAUGGUGCAGACGUUUUGGGGAAUGCACAAAGCCUCUCUAACAGUGUGUACGUUGGCAGAGUUUAGUACGUGGCUAUCGCAGAUGGCAGAAGGAGCGAGCCAUGUGAUAGUCCCAAGCUCGUCGUCAAGAACGGAGAGAAGGGGCACGGUACAUACACACACUGUGCGCCAAGGCUGUCGGCUAUGCACCCGCAAUUGCAGAACCCUGCAGGAGUGUCCAGCAUUCCUGGAAAUGACGACCCGCGAUCGCUGGAAUGCUACUCGACGGUGUGGCUUGUGCUGGAGAUGUUUCCAGAGCCACAAGGUGGAAAGAUGCGGCGUCCCCAAUCCUUGCGGAAUAGAUGGAUGCCUAGAACGCCAUCAUCUCCUGUUGCAUCGCGGCAGCACGGCUCCCGUCCAAGCCAGGUGCCAUGCACAUCGACAAGAAGGUGUGGAAAUGCUAUUCAGGGUAUUGCCAGUGACUUUGUAUGGAAAUGGUAGGCAAGUCAACACGUAUGCCUUCAUCGACGACGGGUCAUCUCUAACCUUGAUCGACGCCCCAUUGCUAGAAGACCUUGGAGUGAAGGGACAACCGCAGCCUCUAUGUAUGCAGUGGACUGCCGGCAUGCACCGGUAUGAGGACAGCUCGGUCAGACUGGACUUAAGGAUCUCCGGCAUUGGUCAAACGAAGCUAUAUGAUCUCUGCGACGUUCAUUCGGUCCAGUCUUUUGAUCCUCGUCACAGUCGGCGCGUGCUUCGCACCAAGAAAGGCACAACAGAAGAACCGAUCGCUGAGAAGACCCGCCUAGGGUGGACGAUUAAAGGAAGAAGCUCCAACAGUGUGGGUGAUGACAUAACCCCAAACUACCACGUGUUUCACAUAUGUGGAUGUGAAGCUGACGAGAACAUGGAGAUCUUGCGCCUGCUUGGGCAGUGCAUGUGGUCGGACGGCGGCCCUAGACCGGAGAUGAAUAGCAAGAGCGCAUCCAAUGAUGACCAGUUGGCUAUACAGCAGCUGGAGAAGAACACGAAGCGUAUAAGUGGCCGAUUUGAAACAGGUCUGCUUUGGAGGUAUAAAGAUGACAAGCUGCCGGAUAGUUUACCGACAGCCCUAAAACGGGCACGAUGCCUGUACCAGAAAUUGUCUCGCGAGCCGGAGCUUGCGAAGGAAAUUCGCCGACAGCUAGAUGAGUACGUGAAGAAAGGAUAUGCACGGCUCAUUACGUCGGAAGAAGCUGAGGAAAAGCCAUAUUGGUUUAGAGAGAAACGUAUUGCUAUCGGCGGCGAUAUCGCCGAGAUGUUUCAUCAGGUCAGGAUACACACCGAAGAUCAGAGAUACCAACGCUUUGUAUUUAUAGACCCAAACACACAACGGAGAGAGAACUACGCCAUGCAGGUAAUGACGUUUGGGGCUAGUUGCUCCCCCAGCUGUGCCCAGUACGUGAAGAACAGAAAUGCAGAGUCGUUCAAGAAGGAAUACCCACGCGCUGUUAAGUGCAUACUGAAGAAUCACCAUGUAGACGACAUGCUGGACAGCGUCGACACGGAGGAAGAAGCUAUAAGUCUCACGCGUCAGGUCCACUACAUUCAUCUUCAGGGCGGAUUCCUCAUUCGAAACUGGGUAUCGAAUUCCAGAGAAGUAUUAAGCGCACUCGGCGAAGGAGCACCCAAGCUAGUGAGACUAGACGAAACAACGGAUGGACAGACCGAGAAGGUGCUGGGAAUGUGGUAG